AUCCGACGGGUACAGUCAGUCUCUUCCGACAAGGCGCCUUUCGUCUAUGAACUAACUUUGGCUAAUACGGGGGAGGGUGGGGUGCGGCAGAAGCAGCGUAGUCAGCAAAAAGGGACUUUCCAGCUUGGUCCUAAUGUCACGGAGCUGCCCACCGUUUGAGCGGAGAGCUGGGUCUAAAGUUAAAGCGCCGCUGCUGUAAACGUUGUGACGUAGCUCACAGGACCGCUCUCCGGCUGUGUUCGCGGUUGGCCUUUAAUGAAGUCUUCUUCUCUAAAGACGACUUCUCCCGUCUCUCACGUUCUGCUGCAGCUUCGGGGGAUCAAGACCGGGUUCUCCGUAGGCGUCUCCGGUCUGCCUUCCAAUACAGCAGUCCUAAGUCAACACAGUCCGAGGCUUGCAAAGGAAAGAGCACGAACGCCGUUGCGAUGGACGCCAAUGACAACCUUGACUGUGUUUCUCUGGUCUUCCUGACUUUCCUUGACCAAACACCCUGUCAGAACAAAGACUUGGAAAAGGAGCUGCACAGGCUGGGUUAUGACCUGAAGCUGACCACAGACAGUGGUGGGACAAAGUAUGCACACCAUGGUUUGGUGGACUUGAGCAUCGAAUGUGAUGGUGAAUUGGAAACAGACGGAAACAUUCCCACAAACCCCAGAGACUUUCUGCAAGGCGUUCUUCCUGAGGUUCACCUGGCAUUACCAGUGAAUCCUGAAGAAGCACAGGCUGUUAGAGAGGUGGCUGCAGAGCUCAUCAGAAUUGCAGAUGAGCUAAAUCUCAUGAUCGUGUCUCGAGCUGCAGAGGGUCUGGCCAGGAAGCUGAACAGCACCAGUUCCCUGGAGAGCUGGCACAUCCUCCUGGUCCAGAGCGUGGAUAACUUACUAAAGGAAGUGCCUGGUGUCCACACAGAGCAAGUAGUGAUGGCCCUCACCUUCUCCCUGGUGAAGGCAGUGUGUGAACAUACCCCUCCCCUGCUGCGGGGUCUCUACAACGUUGUGAUGCAGUACAUCUCUCCAGCCAGGCCCAGAUGACCUACUCCUCAUGGGGUUAACUUACUUGAACAUCUAUUUUUGUCAAAGGUACUAUUUUUCUGUAACUAGUAGGCAGACGGCUGAUUUGGUGUUUGUUUAUUUAGUACGGCCCUUUGACGUGCAUGGUCACAACCAUGUGGUGCUGUCUGCAGCCGAGAUUCAGGUUAUGUCCCAGGUGUGCCAUAUUCCUGAGAGCCUGUUUGACUGUUUGUGUUCUUGAUCGGGAAAUGAUGGCAUGACAACACUUCAUAAGGAAGCUGUUUAUGGAGAUGCCUGCCUGAAUUGUUCUUCCCGCACAUGCAGUGGCUCCUGCUAUGUUGAAGACGAAGGGCUCACUGAGGCUCAUAAUUCAUCUUUACUCAGCUAUUUACAUAACAUGAAAUGGUUCGGUCAUGCUUUAGUGUAAAAUAUAAAAGUCUGAAUUGUAGCCAAGUUAGUUUCUUUUUUUGCUUUUUUUUUAAACCUGGAAUUGCUUUGUUCUGACCACAUUUCUUGAAAAUGUCUUUUUGUUUUUUUUUUUACAGCCCUUGUGUUUUCACUUUUCAAUGCCUAAACAUUGUAUUUUCAUUUUGAAGAUUUACUUUUGUUCAUUCAUUGUAUUGCAGGUGAAUUAAAUGCAAAUGGACACAAA